UGAGGACGGUAUACCCUGCGUUAGCCGUGUGACUACAUAUGUACCUGACAUGGGAAUAUACUAUGCGCUAGUGGGCUGUGUAAUGGAUGUCCAUCGACAAUGUAAAAGCAACAUUGGAGAUGAGUGGAUAUGCUUGUUACGACGAUGUGCAUGAUCAGAAAUACGACAGACCGCAUCCGGUUCCUCUCGUCAUAGCCAACGUAAACACACUGAAGGGAUACGGAACGAUUGUUACGGACUUUGAGAAAACGGAAGUUGAAAUAACUCCAUGGCCUGUUAAUGGAUGGCGGAAGUUGUGUUCUAGCACCGGAAGUGGUGGAGGAAUCGUAAGUGGAGAAUUUAUCUACAAAUGGGAAGGAGACCUUUGUAAAGCCGUGAACAAGGCUGUUGGAGGCGACUAUGUCACAGGACGACUUCCGCCGGAAGCGGAUACAAAAGAUCGUACGUGCGUACUAACAAGAGAAGCUAAUUACCAUCCGGAUGGGGGACAGGUGUUCUUCCCACAAAAUGGCGAUGCUUUUGUCGCACUUUUGGCUCUUCCCGGAGAUGACGUCAAGCCGGAAGAUUUUUUGGCUUUUUAUUUCGAUGGAUCCUUUGGGGUUCAGAUUCAUGCGAAGAUCUGGCACCAGCCUGUUUACCCCGUAAACGAUGACGCUGUUUUUCUAGGUAAACAGGGAGCAGUACACGCAUGCGUAGCUGUGGAUACGGUGGACGAAUUCAACAGAUAUCUUUUAGUUCCUCUAACACCUAACAAGUAAACGUCAAACUAUGGGCGCUUUGUUAGGAAACCACACGAAAUUGAUGUCAAUCUUAUUGAAAUAUCAGGUUGAUUUAUUUUCUAACAAAGUGACGAACUAGUUAACAUUUAUCCUGCCAACGCGAAAACUUUGACAAGUCAAAUGUCGAUACCGCAGGGAUACACCCAUUAUCACAUAGGGAGAUAUUAU